AUGGGUCGGCAAGCUCACCACAUCUCUGACAGCCAGAAGGAAACGCUGACGCAAACCGUCAACAAUCUAUGCGAGGUCGUCCAGUCCAGGCGUCGGUCUGGCAGAUAUUCUGGGGUGGUUUUGAUCAGCCGCCAGCUCAUUGAAACGUUGCCUGAGAUGGACCAGCUGAAAGCAGAGAUAGCUGCGAUCGUCAAGGCCGAGGCUGCGGACAAGAAUCGGCAGCCGUUCCCGACUGAGGUAGACUCGCGAUUGAAGUCAGACGCCACCAAAGCUCUCUUCAAGCGCUUGCCGCGCUUUGUGCAAAUGAGUAUGAUUCGCAAUCGUGACUCUUCUGGACUGCCCGUCCUGCCCAAAGACUUGGAAGCAGAACGCAUUCUGGGCCGCUUUGUUCAGCAGGAACUUCGCAACCAACCACCGGUCAAAAAGGUAAAGGCAACCUUUGCACCACGCUUCCAUGCCAUGGACCUGAUGACCAGCUCGCCACUGCCUUCUGCUUUCGACUGUGCCUUUGGGUAUGCUCUGGGACACACCGCAGCCUUGCUUGUCAACGAGCGCCGAAAUUUCUACGUCGCCUGUUGCGCAGGUAUGCACCGCAAUACGCGCUACUGGGAGCCUUGCGCCAUUCCAUUCACGUACUUGUACCCAGAGGACGUUCCCAGUGGAAGUUUGGUCGAGGAGUGGGUUGACUGUGAACACGGGACAAGCCGAGGCUUCAUAAAGUCGAAGAACUUGCCCUCGGUUGCAUCAGCCACUUCUGGCGACUGGUUGGAGGUGCGCGACAGCUUCGCAGGCAAUGACGAAACCUGCAUGCGGCGGCAUUGUGAACAAGAUGCUUCCGCAGGUAAUGUGGUCUGCUUCGUCCCGAAUGGGCCGAAGAUUGUAAAGAUGGUAGACAGGUGGACUGAGUGCAGGUGGCGCGGUUACAAGCUUUUUGCCAAAGCUCGGCACGUGCAGCCUGCGCCGGCCGGUGCAAGCCUGGAUACCGUAGGCCAUGGUGGCGAUUUGGGAAAGCCCGGUGCACGUGCAAAAGCAGCUCCAGGUGCAGAAGAGGUGGAGCCGCCAGCCAAACGCUUGAAAAAAGGGCGGCCUCCGUGCAAGUAUGGGGCUGGCUGCUACCAGAAGAACCCGCUGCACAGGGCCAAGUUUUCUCACCCCGGAGAUGCGGACUUCGUUCCCGAUGCAAGCGGAGAACCUUCGGCCAGCUCGAGUGCAGGAACUCCUUCCACCUCAGCUGGGGACAAAACGGGGUCUGUCGAUUCCGCGCCUGCUGAUGUGACGAUGAAGGAAGGGAGUGCAGCUGACGCUGAGCUCCCAAGCUCUGCCGCAGAACCGGCAGUUUCGGCUCUGGCUGCAGCUCCGGCUGGCCUUGCAGCGGGUGAUGUUUCGGCACCGACAGUUCCAGAAGCUAAAGCUCCGCCAGAAGAGCUGCAUGCUCCGCCCGCGAUCCCCGACGCUUUGCCUUCGAAACAUUCUGAAGCUCCGGCUGGAGCCAAAGAAAGUCGUGACUGCGAUUGCUGUUUCGACAAUGUUCCUGCCACCGACGGAGUUUCUUGCCCUGGGAAAGCACAUUUCUUUUGCGGGCCUUGCCUCGCAAACUUCCUUGAAGCAUUCAAGACAUCCGAGUAUGCGGAACAAAAGAAGGCAAAAGGCCGAGCUUUGUGUCCCAUGAAGGAUUCAGAUACUCCAUUCGGAGAUGGAGUGCUGGCUGCGUUUGUUCCGCAGGAUGUCUUUGAUGAAUAUCUGCAGAUACGGAUCAAAGUCGCCGAGCAGAGCAUCCAAGAACAGUUCGAAAAAGAGAACACAGCGAAGAUAGAGGAGUUGAAGGAAAAACUGGCGAAAGCCACGGGCAGCGGGGAGCAGUUGGAACUGGACAAGCAUCGCCUGAAGAUCAUCGAUGACAUAUUUACUUUGAAGUGCCCCCGGUGCAAGAUGGCCUUCUUGGACUACGACAACUGUGCUUGGGCUGAUCUUUGUGAGACAAUGAAGCCUACGCGGGACUGUGGCAAAGAUGCACACAGUCACUUCUACAAGAAUGGCAGCAAGUGCCCCAACGAAGGUGGGCCCUUGUUUGUGCCCCACAAUGUGUGGCAGGGCUACCAGAAUGCCCGCAAGGAGCGGCUUCUUUGUGAAUACUUGGCCGGUCUUCCAGAUGAGAUGCGCAAAAAGGUGGCUGAUCUUGUAGCGCCGGAUGCCAAAGACUUGGGCAUCGAGAUGCCGCAGGACCUUAGUGCAGCAGGACUUAUGCCAGAGGCACACGGAAUCCAGCGGCUCAAGGUCACGAUUCCCCGAAGGAUGCGUGGCCUCAUCCACCCUGUUAAGAAAGAGCUGCCGUCCAAAGUGGACUUGGCCUCGGACAAAUCACAG